AUGAGACAAGGUGUUCUCAAUUGUGCCUUCGCCGCCAUCAGUGUUCUCGCUGGAUACGCGAACGCUGAUGUUGACCCAAUUGUGAUCAAAGGAUCAAAGUUCUUCUACCAGAGCAACAACACACAAUUCUUCAUCCGUGGUAUCGCUUAUCAGGCAGACCCCUCUCGCAGCGACAACUCUACCUCAACAAAUACCUCUUAUGUUGACCCCCUUGCGGACCCAGACGCAUGCAGUCGCGACAUACCAUACCUUAAAGAGCUCAGAACAAACGUCGUGCGCGUAUAUGCUGUGGACCCGUCGCAGAAUCAUGAUUCCUGCAUGAAUCAAUUAGCUGACGCUGGUAUCUAUGUCAUCUCAGACCUAUCCGAUCCCACACAAGCAAUCGAUCGAGAUGCUCCAGAGUGGACUGUCGACCUGCUCAGUCGAUACACGAGUGUCAUCGACGCUCUCCAUGGCUACACCAAUAUGCUAGGCUUUUUCGCCGGCAAUGAAGUAUCCAAUGCGGCCAAUAAUACCGCUGCGAGUGCAUACGUGAAAGCCGCUGUGCGCGAUUCGAAAGCGUAUAUCAAAUCCUCGAAUUACCGAAGUAUUGGUGUCGGCUAUGCGACUAACGAUGACCCCGCUAUCCGAACCGAGAUAGCUGACUACUUCAACUGUGGUGAUCAGACCGAUGCCAUCGACUUCUGGGGUUACAACAUAUAUUCGUGGUGCGGCGAUUCGUCCUACGAACAAUCGGGAUUUGAGGACCGGACCAUAGAGUUCAGCAACUACUCGGUACCGGCGUUCUUCUCGGAGUAUGGAUGUAACCUGGUCCAGCCUCGCACCUUCACCCAGACUGAUGUCAUAUAUGGCCCGAACAUGUCUCAAGUCUGGUCUGGAGGUAUCGUCUACAUGUACUACGAGGAGGUCAACAACUACGGGCUGGUAGACGUGUCUGGUCAAAGCGUAACUACGCUUCCAGACUUCACUUAUCUUUCGAGCCGCAUGCAGAGUGCGACUCCAACUGGUGUUCUGAAGGAUUCCUAUUCACCUACCAAUUCACCUCAGGCAUGUCCCACCCUCGACUCUGAUUGGCAGGCCGAGGCGUCUCCUCUACCACCCACGCCAGACUCUGAUACCUGUCAAUGCGAGUUUGAAAGCUUAUCCUGCGUUCCUAAAAGCUCUCUCUCUGCGACCCAGAUGUCGAAUCUUUUCGGUACUGUUUGUGGGUUGUCGGAAAGCGCUUGUUCCGGCAUCCAACACAAUGCCACCACUGGAAAGUAUGGCGCGUACAGUAUGUGCAAUUCGACAGUUCAGCUUGCCGUGGCCCUGGAUACGUACUACAAGCAGCAAAGUUCCGAAGCCAGUGCGUGCAAUUUUGGUGGAAUGGCUAUGAUUCAGAACGCAGGUGGAAAAUGUUCUGGCAGUGUCGCCGCUUCGUCCGGCCCAUCUGGUUCUGCGUCGGCUUCGAAAUCGAGUAAUGCCGGAUCGACUCUUGCUGUUCAUCACGCGUUCAAAAUCAAUGCUGCAGGAACCUUCGGCCGAACAUAA